AUGUACACACAGACACAUGUACGUACAUACACACAAACACACACACACACAUGUACAUUCACACACACACAUGUACAUACACACAUAUACAUGCACACACACACACAUGUACGCAUACACACACACACACACACCCGCAAUAAAAAGUUGCAGUACUUCAUUGUUCACUCACAGAACCGGGUACUGCACUCUAGGGGGUGGCAGAGAGCACAGCAUACACUCCUUCCUUUGCUUUCAUUGUGCUCAGCUAUUGAGCAGUCUGACGGCUUCCAGUGCCAAUGACAGAUCCGGCCUGAGCUCUGAGCCUGCUCAGCAAGACGGCCCUGGGGGACACACUCACCCCCACCAUAAUUUCCACUCGCCAUUGGCGAGCAGGCGAGUGGAAAUUUCAAGCCCUGCAUUAGGC